AUGAAAAAACGAUUGGCUAUGAUUUCCUCCUCAAAUAUUAACCUAUUACUAUUAAUUUCAUUUAUUUUUCUAACCCAAAUCGAAUCGCAAGUGACAAUUGCCAAAAAUACUCAAGGUAUAUAUAUAUAUUCCUAGACAAAGAAAAAAUAACUACUUUCAAUUAUAUAAUAUAAUUUGCCCUAAUUUCGAAACUUGAACUGACUUGAACCAAAAGUGAAAAAGAAAAAAAAAAGAAACUAUAUAUAUAUAAUAAAUAAAUAUACUUAUAAUAGGUACAUAUUUGGAUGUCAUUCUUUCUAAAGUAUCCAUCUUCUUUCUUUUUUCUGCCUACCUGCCUGUGGAGACUGUCGGAGACAGAAGUACGGGUAAUUAUCGUCCUAGAGUUUUGAUGGUAAUUAAAUCUACCUAACCCAUCUUUUUUCUUUUUCUCAUAGUAUCCCCCUCAAUAUUUUUUGUUUGUUAUUUUUAUUGUUGAGGGGGAGAGGAAAAGGCAAAAAGAUAACCUUCAAAUGUAAAUGAUCCAAGUUGAAAAGGUGUCAAAUCGGUUUAUGAUCUUUCAUGGGAAAAUGAUGUUUUUGAAAAAAAAAAAUUGAGAAAAAAGUGGGAAUUUUUUCAAAUUGAGAAUUUUUGAACCAGAAAAUGAUCGGAAAAAAUUUGAAUUGAAACCUAUUUUUCUGGAAAAUUCAAACUUUCUCCAAGCUUUUUCCGAUUUUCUCAAAAAUUUCGAAUUUUUCUACUUUUUUUUUCACAAAAAUCGCUGAAAAUUUAAAAAUUGCCUGGAAAAAUCCUCUUUUGAUCUACCAGUUUUUUUUCAAACUCUCACUUCCCCAAAAAAUGUUCAUAGUCAAUUUGAGUCAACCGGCAAAAAAAUGUUCAUCCAGCCGAUCAAAAAAUAUAUAAAACAACUCCAAUUAUUGCUAUAACCGACACAUACACGGUGUGUUUCAAAAAGUGCAGCAAGGUCAAAAACGGGAACACCAAAAACAAAAAUAAUUAUAUGUACAUACAAAGGAUUGGCAUGUUGUUAUUAGUGAAUUAGAGAAUUUAAAGGGUGUUGGGGGUUUUAUCUUUCAAAAUCAUCAUUUUUCAGUCACUCCAAGAUGUGGCUCUCAACUAAUAUCGAUUGAAAUCAAUUUUGAUCCCACUCAAUUACCAGGUGGCAAAUUUUAUGAUUGGAUUGUCGUCGGUGUUUCAGGUAACCCUAUUUCCCCCCUGAUAUUCUCAUUAGCUUCAUUUUUCAAUUCCAGGCCGUCCUGAAUGUCGACUUCGUGGAAAUGGUGAAACCAAAUAUAUUGUAGAAAUUGCUGUGUUUAAUGAUCCAUGUCUUACACAAAUUCCAGCUCAAAAUGUUUUUCAAAAUCGUGUUCGAAUUGGUAAAAAUCCAGUUGUUAUACUUGAAGGUGAUCAAUCGAUAACUGUGAAAUGUGUUUAUGGUUUACCUACUGUUGAAACUUUGGCGAUGCCUGUUAUUAAUCCGAAUUUCAAUAUUGACAAGUGAGUUGAUGAAGAAGAUGGUGAAGAUACCUUAUUUAGCCUAACUUAUUCAAAGGCGCAGCUCCUCGACAGGUAGGCUGUCAAGGCGCUGCUUCUUUACAACUAGGCUCUAAAGACGGUGCUCCUUGAUGAUAAAUUUUCAAAAAAACCUAGGCAGGCAGUGGGAAUUGAACCUGCGACCUCUCAAUUGACAAUCCCAAACAUCCAAUUCUAUUAUUUCAGUCUCGCUCAUGCCGGUUUAUCUGAAACCUCUUUGACAAGUGCUCAAACAAAUUCUUUCUCUUCGGAUAAUGAUCCAAAUUCGAACUCGAACUUCAAUUUCAAUCAGAAUCAAAACUUGAACAACAAAAAUCAAUUCUUCAUCUCUCAAACUCAAGCUCCUGAACAACCGCAAGGCGAAGCUAAUAUAAUUCCAAAUGGAAUGUCAUCAACAGAUGAAGAAGUCAAUAAUCAGCCAAGUACAAGUUCGUUCAGUGGAUUUGGUGGAGGUGGAAACGAAGGAGGAUCAAUUCAACAACCACAAACACAAUUCACAGCCAAUCCAAUUCGACCACAAAUUCCGAUCCGAUUAGGAAAUGAAGAUUUACAAUUACAUACAGCACUUCCGCCCGAUUCUUUCGUUCCUCGUCAACAAAAUAAUUUCGAAAAUGGGGAUUUUAGUGAGUUGAAGUUUUUGAAAUUGAAAAUGAAGCGGAUUAUAUUCAGAUGUUAAUGCGACAGCUUCCAAACGUCGAAGUUCAUUUUCUAUUGUGUUCUUGUUGGCGAUUAUCUUUGCGAUUAUUUUGAUUUUGUUAUGCUUGGUUUGUUUAUUCUUUUUCUUGCGAAAACGAAGGGAGGAACGAAAUAGAAGAUUGUUGAUUGAUGGAGUUUCAUGUGAGGAAACUUUUUUUUUUGGAAAAUAUAGCUGACAAUCAAAAAUUAUUCAUUUUUUUCAGCAGCAGAUGAAAGUAAACGGACUGAAAGUCAAACUCGUUGGACGGAUGCAUCAACAGACGGAUAUGCAAGUCCAGGGUACAUAUUUUUGAAAUUUCUGAAUUGGGUCAGGAUCAAUUUUUUUUUUCAAAACAACUUCGAAUUUGGAAAACAAAUCCCAAUUUCCAAAAAUUAUGAAAUUUGGUUCCCGAUUUCUGAUAGUUAGAAUUUUACUCUAGAUGUUGAAUUUUGUAGAUCAUCAGAUGAUUUCCGAUCAUUGAAAACCUUGUUAUUAAGUAGCUGAGCCAAGAGAACCUAAGUGUAUAGGACCUGCCUCUUGAGCGGCACUAUAGCUAGCCACGAUGCCUUGAGAGAUUCUAUGCCAAGGAGUCGCGCCUAGAGACAUAAAUUGUCAAGAAGGCGUGCCUAGAAGGCCACGUUUGAACUCCCAGGCAAUCUGAAAUCAGACCUGUUCCCAUUGAAAAUUCACUCAUGAUCUAUUAUUUUUCCAGAACUGGAGAGGCUAGACCUGGUAGAUCUGCGACAAGUAUGUUUGACAAGCGAACUGCUAGAGUUGCAGAAUCCCGAGAAGUUCCAAUUCCAGUUAUUUCUGUGCGCAAAAAUCGAUCAGAUGUAAGUUUUCCUAACUCAAUUUUUUCACAAAAAAAACAAAUUAAAAUUGUUUGCAGAGCGCUGCACAUUAUUCAAAAGCGGGAAACAAUCGACACAACUCAACAUCAAGUACAAAAGAGCGCAAAAAAUCACCAGCACCAUCAGCGCCAGUCAUAAAACAUUUACCGCCACUCAAAUCAAAUUUAGAGGAAUUUGUCUCGAAAACAUAUGCGAUGGGGGAAUAUAAUGAUUUAGCUAGUCCAGCGUAUGCUUAUACUUCGGAAGUUUAUGAUGAGAGAGAGGUUGAUAUUGGAUUUGGAACUAAUAAAUCACAGGUAAAAAUAGAGAAUGGGAAAUUACGAAAAAUAAAAUAGUAUUGAGGAAGUCUUAACUCAGAAUAUUAUCCCAUCUGAAUGCUUAAAUUUCAGCCCCAAUUUCAGAAAAUAAAGCGUCGACCGCGAGCUGAAAUUCAAGACGAAUCCGCCGUUUCAUCAUAUCGAUCAAUAACUGAAAUCGUUCAUGCAGCAGAAACCACAAAUCUAACACCAUCAACAAUCGCAAUGUCUUCAAAUGAAAACAAAAGUUCCGAUGAAAAUAAUGAGAUGGAACAAGUAUUGAUUGAUUGUGUCUCGACUAUUCGAGGUUUCGGUUAUCGAAAAUUAACCGAGCAGGAAAUGGGAAGAUGGAAAAAUCUAAUACAACGCGAUAAAUAUUUGCGAAAUUUAUUGAUUUCGUCAAAAAGUGUAGCUGAAAUUGAAGACAUUUUCGAAGGCGAUGAUUAUAAAAAUAUGUUUUCAUCUACGAAAUGGCAUGAAAUUGCUCAAUGUGUACAUCGUGCAUUGGUGAGUUUCAAAAAGCGGGUUGGGUUGCACAUAGAAUAGGCUCCUCAACUUAAAAGUUUUUCAGACAAGCUCUUUGGAUCGAACAAAUUCCCAAUCACAACUUCAAUUAUUUGUUGGAAAUGUUCACAGUGAUUGGUGA